AUGAGAAAAACGGUCUUGGUUCUUGGCGCGACUGGCACUCAGGGCGGAUCCGUUGCCAACCUGCUCAUUAAGUAUCCUGAACAAUACCUUGUUAGGUGCCUCACUCGGAAUCCGGAUUCGGACAAGGCCAAGAAGUUGGCGGCACUAGGGGCAGAGCUGGUCAAAGCCGACCUGACUGUGCCUUCAACCUUGCCACCGGCCUUCAAGGGAAUCUGGGGCAUAUUUGCUGUCACUGACUUUUAUGAUACGGCCGUCCUCGAGGACCCCAUGAGCGAGGAGAAGCAAGGCGAGCAUAUUGUUGAAGCAGCAGUUGAAGCCGGAGUUGAGUGUUUCCUGUGGAGCACAUUGCCGAGAAAACAAUCCGUCGACGCAGUGAUUCGUAACGCCGGCCUCAAGGGGUGUUUCAUUCGGACUGGUAACUUUUACGAGAAUAUGAUUCUGCGAAAAUACGCCGCUUAUGACAAAGAGGCCGACGUGAUCACAAUGACGCGUCCCAUCAUUGGUCCGGAUGCCGAACUCACUUCGCUCUAUGUCGAAAAGGACCUCGCAGCCAUCUGCAAGGCGCUCUUUGAUCAGUGGGACACGAAGACGGCCAGUCUUGACGGGAAAUACUUCCUAGCCAGUGGGGCGCGUGAAACAAUGGGAGAUAUCAAUGCCGUCGUCGAGAAGGUCUCCGGAAAGAAGGUUGUGUACAAGGUGAAGCCUACAUGCGGUAUUCCAGAUCGAGAUAUUAUGCUGCAGCUGUACAACAACGUCGGAAUGUACCCUGGUGUCGCAGUUCCCACUCCAGAAGUGCUGGAACUGGACUUGAAGCUUCAUACCGCCGAAGAUUUUAUCAGGGAGAGGUUGCUUCCACAUCUUGGCCUUGAGCCAAAGAAUUAGGCGUAUUGUGGAGAUGCUGGGGGGAGGCUCGAAGCUUGUAGGCAAUGAUAAGCA